AUGGUGCUGCUCGCAAACCUGGGCUCGGAACAGCUCGUGGCCGCCGCGUCCGGCGCGCUGCAGUCGCAGAGCGCGUUCGCGUCCGCGGUGGCGGCCGCCGAGAUCGCCGCGAUCGGCGUGAACAACUGGGGCGCCAGUCUCGGCCUGGCGGCGUGCGCCGCCGGAGUCGGCGCGGCUGCAGUGGCCGCCGCCGCGGGGAAGUUGCGGUGCGGCGCCGACGUUCAGGCGGACGAGUGCCUGGGAGUGUCGACGGCGAAGACUCGAGCGGUGUCGCACUCGCUGUCCGGGGGGUUGCACAUCGGGGCGCUGGGAGCCCUGGCGGUGUACGUGUUCGCGCGCACCCCUGGCGACCGCGCGUCGUCGCACCCGUUGAUCCGCUGGGCUCCGUUCGUGGUCGUCGUGCUGGGGUCUCUCAUGGUGCUGCUGGACCUGACGCGCCACGUGCUCCUGGACCAAAACAUCGCGCCAAUCCACCUCCAUAUGUACAACAAGGACGGCUCUCUCACCACUGUGGGUUCCGCUGCGGUGCUUCCGGCCUUGAGCUUGGCGCUGUUCGCGGGGUCUGGGUGGCGGCUGGCUCCUCCGCCCUUGGUGCUGGAGCCCCUGCCCGUGUCCCCGGCGUGGCUCGAGGAGGUCGCGGAGGCCUGCGAGGCGGCCUCCUCCGCGGCCCUGUACGCCGAGUCGGCGGCUCGGGCGGCCCUCGACGUGGCGGCCUCUCCGCCGCCCCCGCCGCCGCCACCGGCGGACUGCGAGCCCUGCGUCUGCCCGGAGCAGUCGGGUGACGAGGAAGUGGCUCUGGCGGUGCACGUGAUCGUGGGGCUGCUCACGCCGGCGUGGCUCUGGCUGACAGACCGGCGCUGCGGCAGCCCGAGGGAGGAGUGGUGCGCUGAUCUGCCCUGCGGGGCGCGCGCCCGGGUGAGCUACCUCGGCGACCUCGUGGAUCACGAGCGGGUCGUCGUGUCGCCGUCGAGGCGCGAGAAGGAAGGCGAGAUGGUCGACUCGCACAUGUACUGGGUGCUCUCGCCGGACCUGUGGGAGGAGCUUCUGUCGGGGGCCUCCCCGGCCGACGGGCCCUCCGGCGGCGAGCGCAUGGCAGCCAACGCCGCCCCGCCCGCGGGGGGCCGCAAGUUCUGCGGCUUCAGGGAGAGGCUCACGCUGGGCCGGCUGGUGGAGCUGGCCGAGGAGUGCAGGUCAGCGAUGCAUCAGGCCCGCGGGCAGACGCCCGCGGAGGGACCGGCCAAGGUCGAGCUCCCAUCGGGCGCCUUGCUGGACAGCGGCGAGGUGUUCCCGUGGGCCCCCCCGCCGCGCGCGCCCGCCCUGCCGGCGCGGCCCUUCGCGGGCGGCGACGCGGCCGACGCCCUGGCCGCGGCCCCAGCGGGCGCGCCCACGCCGCCUCCGGAGGGCCACGCGUGGGGCUUGGCGGAGCCCGCUCCGGGGCUUCCGAUCGGCACGAUCGUGGGCGCCUCGACGGAGACCCUGAUCGGAGUGGGUAUCGACGCCCUCUGGCACCGGCGUGGCCGGGCGUGGCGAGUGCAGCAGAUGCCGGAGGUCGAGGUGGCCGACUGGUCGUCUCGGCGCGCGGACGAGGAGCUGCGCCGCCUCUUGGAGAUGGCGCCGCCGGCCGCUUCCCCUGGGGAUGGGCCCCUGGCCCUCGGCGCCGGGCCUGCCCCAGGCGAGGGGGCGCCGCCGCCGGGGCCGGGCGACCGCGACGCGGGGGCCGACGCCGGCGACGACGGCCCGAGGUCGGAGGAGCGAGGCGGCGACGACGUCCGCACCCUCUGGGUCGAGCGGGGCGACCAGGGCGAGCGGUUAAUUCAAGGAGUUCAGGAGGGCGAUCAACGAGUCGGCGAGCCACGACUGGGGGACUGGGGGCACCAGCGGCUCGAGGGAGGCUCGACGUGCCUCCGCACGUGCAAGACGAUGUACCGCGCGUCGGGCACCCCACGGGCGUGGCUUGAGAAGUUCUUGCGGGAGAAGAACAUCGCGCCCACCGACCGGGUGGCCCAAGAGCUGCGGCCUCGGGCGGAGGCGCUCGAGGAGGCCGGCUGCUUCGACCAGCUGAACCUGGGCGGCCUCGCCUGCCUCGAGGUCGUCGCUCGCCGGCUCAACGCCAUCGUGGGCGCCCGUAAGCGCGGCGGGGCCCCGUCCUUCGCCAACGCCAUGCACUUGGCGCCGCUGGGCGAGGCGGACGAGCUGCCGGCGCUGGCCCUGAGGCAGCGCGUCUCCCGCCGCGCCAAGGAGGACUGGGAGGCGGAGCAGUCCAUGAAGAAAGCGGAGGCCGUCGACUCUCGCGUCGCGUCGAGCGCGGCGGCCCGCGCCUCUCCGUUGCCGCCGUCCGAUUUUGAGAGAGACCUGUUCCCGGUCCCGUUGGUGAAGGAGCCGGGCGUUCUGGCCCGCGGGCGCAGGUCUCAGCGUAGGGCCCAUGUGCGGCUACGCGAGGUGGACUUGGUGAAUCGCGCCUUGACCAGCUUGAAUUGGAUGGCCGGUUUCAAGGGCGCAUCGUCGUCACCGCAGCCGGGCGCCUUGACCCUGGCCAGGCGCGCAGCCUUCCAGCAGUACUUGUGGCGCGAGGCUCAUCGGCGCCGGGCCGCAGCCCCCCCGGCGCCGCCGAGGGCGGAGGCAGCCCUCUGGGAGCUGCUCCGGGGGCAGUCCGUGUACGAGACGGACGUCGCCCCGAGGAACCUCGUCUCCUACCAGCCCCGCAAUGUCUCGCUGCCCGAGAGCGCGCUGGAGUGCCGCUUCCUCGAGGCAGUUGACUUCGACAGCACGCCGUGUGUCUACAUGGGCCCCGUGCUGGAGAGGAGUUCCAAAUUCUACCGCGCGUUCGUGCGGGAUCUCGCUAGACGUGGACUUCUUGCUUCGAGGCCCGCCGAGUCGGUGGGCAUCUUCUUCGCGGCGAAGUCGGGCGGCGCUCUUCGGCUGAUCAUUGACACUAGGCGCAGCAACGGCCACUUCAGAGCGCCGGGAUCCGUGCGACUUCUGAGCAGCGAGGGGUUCGGGCGCAUCGAGGUAGAGCUGCCGCCCAGGAUCCGCGAGGGCGGGGCCUGCGUUUACGUCGACAACUUGGGCGCCGUCAGCGGCGACGUCUCCCUCAGCGACAGGAUGGUGUCCUAG